AUGGCAAGGCAACUGGAAACACGGCCAAUACAAACAGUGUAGUUAUUCCCUCCGUAAGGCAAUCAAACAAGCAAAGCGUCAGUAUAGAGACAAAGUGGAAUCGCAAUUCAAUGGCUCAAACACGAGACAUAUGUGGCAAGGUCUACAGACAAUCAUGGAUUACAAAAAGAAAACCAGCCCUGUCGCGGACUUCGACAUCUUGCUUCCAGACAAAUUAAACAACUUCUUUGCGCGCUUUGAGGACAAUACAGUGCCACCGACACAACCCCCUACCAAAGACUGUGGGCUUUCCUUUUCCGUGGCCGACGUGAGUAAAACAUUUAAAUGUGUUAACCCUCGCAAGGUUGCCGGCCCAGACGGCAUCCCUAACCGCCUCCGCAGAGCAUGUGCAGACCAGCUGGCUGGUGUGUUUACGGACAUAUUCAAUCAAUCCCUAUCCCAGUCUGCUGUGCCCACAUGCUUCAAGAUGGCCACCAUUGUUCCUGUUCGCAAGAAAGCUAAGGUAACUGAGCUAAACGACUACCGCCCCGUAGCACUCACUUCCGUCAUCAUGAAGUGCUUUGAGAGACUAGUCAAGGACCAUAUCACCUCCACCCUACCUGUUACACUUGACCCACUUCAAUUUGCUUACCGCCCCAAUAGGUCCACGGACAAUGCAAUCGCCAUCACACUGCACACUGCCCUAUCCCACCUGGACAAGAGGAAUACUUAUGUAGGAAUGCUGUUUAUUGACUACAGCUCAGCAUUCAACACCAUAGUACCCUCCAAACUCGUCCUUAAGCUUGAGACCCUGGGUCUCGACCCGCCCUGUGCAACUGGGUACUGGACUUCCUGACUGGCCGCCCCCAGGUGGUGAAGGUAGGAAACAACAUCUCCACUCCGCUGAUCCUCAACACUGGGGCCCCACAAAGGUGCGUUCUCAGUCCUCUCCUGUACUCCCUGUUCACCCAUGACUCCAACUCAAUCAUCAAGUUUGCAGACAACACUACAGUGGUAGGCUUGAUUGCCAACAACGACGAGAUGGCCUACAAGGAGGAGGUGAGGGCCCUCGGAGUGUGGUGUCAGGAAAAUAACCUCUCUCUCAAUGUCAGCAAAACAAAAGAGAUGAUCGUGGACUUCAGGAAACAGCAAAGGGAACACCCCCCUAUCCACAUCGACGGGACAGCAGUGGAGAAGGUGGAAAGUCUGGUACGGCAACUGCACCGCCCACAAACGCAGGGCUCUCCAGAGGGUAGUGAGGUCUGCACCGUCCACAAACAC